AUGCGUUUCCUCGUCGUUCUCUGCCUGUUUGGCGCCGCAUGCGCCCAGUACAACUAUGGACAAGGACUUGAGACCGGCUCUGCCACCAACAGCAUCCCGAGCGUUGCAUACGACGAGCCCAGCUACAGUGGCGCCGAGAGCAGCCCCAGCUCAUCCUACGCUCCAUCCGGUGGACUUAACAAGGAAUUCUACACAUUCGAGGCCAAUGAGGAGGACUUCAACGAUCCUGCCGGCAGCGAAAGAGUCGCCAACAGCGUUAACAGGGGUCUGCGUGUUGUCUUCAUCAAGGGUCCCGAGAACCGUGGCCUGGAGAACGCCGCUCUGGCCCUGGCCAAGCAGGCUGCCGAGCAACAGACCGCCAUCUAUGUCCUGAACAAGCAGACCGACAUCGGCGAUCUGGCCAACAAGUUCAAUGCUGCGCGCCAAAACGCCAACGCCAGGCCCGAGGUGCACUUCGUCAAGUACCGCACUCCCGAGGACGCUGCCAACGCCCAGCGCGCCAUUCAGUCGCAGUACGAUUCUCUGGGUGGUACCAGCCAGAACAUCAACGGCGGAGUUGCCCCGGCCAUCAACUUUGCAUCUCGUGCUCCAGUCGGACUUUCAGGUGGAGGAGGCGGCGGCAGCUAUGUGGCUCCAAGCGCGCCCAGCGGUUCCUAUCUGCCAGCCAACAUUCUGCGUCGCCUGCGUUUGCGCUAG